AUGGAAACAGCCCUACUCCUCAACACCUUAACAUCACUUACCCUAAUUAUCCUCCUAACCCCAAUCAUCCUACCCCCUAUCCUGAAAUUUAAAAACACCCCCUCAUCCAUCUCCAAGACCGUUAAAGCCGCCUUCCUAACCAGCCUAGCACCAAUAACCAUUUUCUCAUAUUCAGGAGUAGAAAGCAUCACCACCUACUGAGAAUGACAAUUCAUCCAAAACUUCAAAAUCCCCCUAACCCUAAAAAUAGACCUGUACUCCAUAUUAUUCUUCCCCAUCGCACUAUUCGUAACAUGAUCCAUCCUAGAAUUUGCCUCAUGGUACAUAAACUCAGAACCGUACAUUACAAAAUUCUUCACCUUCCUUCUUAUCUUCCUAAUUGCCAUACUUACGCUAACCAUCGCCAACAACAUACUUCUCCUAUUCGUAGGGUGGGAAGGAGUAGGAAUUAUAUCAUUCCUCCUCAUCGGCUGAUGACAAGGACGAGCCGAAGCCAACACAGCUGCAUUACAAGCUAUAAUCUAUAACCGGAUUGGAGACAUCGGCCUCAUCCUGAGCAUAGCAUGACUAGCCUCAACACUAAACACCUGAGAAAUCCAACAAACCACCCACCCACAAAUUCCUAUUCUUCCCCUUCUAGGCUUAAUCCUAGCCGCUACAGGAAAGUCAGCCCAAUUUGGACUCCACCCGUGACUGCCCGCAGCAAUAGAAGGCCCCACCCCAGUCUCCGCCCUACUCCACUCCAGCACAAUAGUCGUAGCCGGAAUUUUCCUACUAAUCCGCACUCACCCCUUACUCUCCUCUAACAAAACAGCCCUAACACUAUGUCUAUGCCUAGGCGCACUAUCAACACUCUUCGCCGCUACAUGCGCCCUCACCCAAAACGAUAUCAAAAAAAUCAUUGCCUUCUCUACCUCAAGCCAACUAGGCCUCAUAAUAGUCACGAUCGGCCUAGACCUUCCACAACUAGCCUUCCUUCACAUCUCCACCCACGCCUUCUUCAAAGCCAUGCUAUUCCUCUGCUCAGGCCUUAUCAUCCACAGCCUAAACGGAGAACAGGACAUCCGAAAAAUAGGAUGCUUACAAAAAAUCCUUCCAUCAACCACCUCCUGCUUGACCAUCGGUAACCUUGCCCUAAUAGGUACCCCCUUCCUAGCAGGCUUCUACUCUAAAGACAUUAUCAUCGAAAAUUUAAACACCUCUUACAUCAACACCUGGGCCCUACUACUGACGCUACUCGCUACAUCAUUUACUGCAACCUACAGUCUCCGCAUAACCAUCCUAGUCCAAACAGGAUACACCCGCACUCCACCAAUCACACCAAUUGAUGAAAACACACCCUCAGCCAUCCUACCCAUCACACGUCUAGCCCUUGGUAGUAUCAUAGCAGGACUACUAAUCUCCUCCCUUAUCCUACCAACGAAAACCCCCCCAAUAACCAUACCUACCCUUACAAAAACCGCCGCUAUCAUCGUCACAGCCCUCGGACUCAUCCUCGCCCUAGAACUUUCGCACGCAACCCACACCCUCACCACCCCUAAACAAAACUCCCUCAUAAACUUCUCAUCCUCACUAGGCUACUUCAACCCACUAAUACACCGAUCCAGCCCAAUAAUCCUCCUACUCAACGGACAAAAAAUUGCCUCCCACCUAAUCGACAUGGCGUGGUACAAAAAAAUAGGCCCUGAAGGCCUCGCAGACCUACACCUAACAAUAAGCAAAAUUUCCACAUCACUCCACACAGGUCUGAUCAAAGCCUACCUAGGAUCUUUCGCCCUCACAAUCCUAACAAUCACCUUACUCACCCAAAUAUAA